AUGUCGUGGCAAGCAUAUGUCGAUACCAGUCUCAUCGGGACUGGUGAUGUUGACCAAGCCGCCAUCUUCAACUCGGAGGGCACAUCCGUCUGGGCCACAUCCACAAACUUCAAUGUCACGCCGCAGGAGUUGAAAGAUAUUGUAGCGGGCUUCAAAGAUGCCGAAAAGGUGCAAUCCUCAGGCGUCCAUGUUGCAGGUGUGAAAUAUAUGACCAUCAAGGCCGAUGAUUCAAGCAUCUAUGGCAAGAAGGGACGAGAAGGCGUCAUCAUCCGCAAGACAAAGCAGGCUCUCCUCGUGGCACACUACCCUGCAACCGUACAGCCUGGCACAGCUACGAACACGGUCGAGAAGCUCGGCGACUAUCUCAUCGGAGUAGGUUACUGA